CGGCAAAAACCUUUAAAAAUCAGUUUAUAUCUGCAACGAUGCAGAAAAUGCAGUCCGGCAAGAUUUCGGCGUAAAAAUGGUUCUUAAUUUAUGCAAACAAUCGGGUUUCAAUGAAUAUAUCUCCCUGUUAGUAGUUGUAUUGUUUUAAAAAUUGUGCUUUAUAUAUAACCUCUUCACUCCAUGCUCCAAUCUCUUCAAAUCAUCACCCACCAUGGACGCUCUGGGCAAUCUCACCCGGCACUUCAACGACACAGACUCCGAGGAAAUUCAAGAGAGCAGCUUUUCAUGGGUGAUGAAUGCCAUCCAAACCAUCCUCUUCGUGGUGGUCUGCGUGGUGGGCUUGGUCGGAAACACCCUCGUCAUUUACGUGGUGCUCCGCUUCUCCAAGAUGCAGACAGUCACUAACAUGUACAUUGUUAAUCUGGCCAUAGCCGAUGAGUUUUUCCUCAUUGGGAUACCUUUUCUUAUUACCACCAUUCUGAAUGGUCAAUGGAUCUUUGGGCAUUACGUUUGUAAGGCUUACAUGAUCACCACGAGCAUCAACCAGUUUACCAGCUCGAUUCUACUAUGUAUCAUGAGCGCCGACAGGUAUAUAGCAGUAUGCCAUCCGAUUUCUUCACCAAAAUGGCGUACACCGAUGAUAUCAAAGAUCGUAGCGUUCUUCGCUUGGUUCUGCAGUCUAUUACUGAUGGUCCCGAUCGUAGAGAACGCUCAGGCAGUAGUGUCGGACGACAACAAGACCACCUCCUGUGUAAUAAACUGGUUUGUCACAGACGAGAACAAUACUUUGACCACGAAUUCAACCGAGAGCCUCGAUUCAUCAUUGAUACCCGCUCCAACUUUGUUCCUCAUCUACACUUUCAUUUUCAGUUUUGCUAUACCGUUAUGCUUGAUUCUGUUCUUCUACUGUCAAGUUAUCAAGAAACUGAAGACUGUAGGGCCUAAAAACAAGUCCAAGGAGAAGAAGAAAAGUCACAGGAAGGUUACUAACUUGGUUCUAACCGUUGUGACUGUCUACGUGAUUUGUUGGUUGCCGUAUUGGAUAACGCAGUUGACCUCAGCUGCAAUACCUUCAGCUACACCAUAUACGUUUACUGUAACCCUGCAUAUACUGGCCUCAUGUUUAAGUUACUCGAACUCAGCUGUUAACCCGAUACUUUACGCAUUCUUGAGUGACAACUUUAAGAAGAGCUUCCUCAAGGCUUGCACGUGCGCCGCCAACAAGGAUGUCAAUGCCACUCUUCACCUGGAGAAUAGUGUGUUCCCCAAAAAAUCCAAGGCCUCGUCUGAUAGGUCAGUUCAACAGAUUGAGAAACGAUACAGAUCAACUAGAAACACCUCCACGUGCCACAACGAUGAAGACGAGUGUGACGUGGGACCCCUGGUCAAAAACGACCCUUCCACAUCAGCCAUGACGCUGACCAGCAGGAUGACCAUCAACACGGCGGGGGAGAGCAAAGAGUUAAAAAACGGGACAGCGCCCAACAACCAAUCGCAACCGACAAGCUUAUAAUCGUGUAUGAGUGGGUCUACUUCAGAAACGAUGAGGAGUUCUUGUAGUGUACACCGGUACGGACACUGUUUUUCGGUGUAUCAAAAAUUCUAAGUUGGUAAUGCAGUUCUACCGCGAAUUGCUUGAUGUUUGAAGCUAAUUUUGGAGUUAAAUAAUACUCUUUUAUUUUUACAGACCUUGGUUUAUUUAACUGACUUUUUAUGAAAAAUAAACAUUGCCAGUGAAGUUUUCUCAGUGUAGAUUGGUUUGAACACUUUUUUUUCAGUGUAUACCGGGUGCGUCUUAAAAGUGGCUCACCCCUAUACUUUUUUUGAUUUUUUCAGAUAAA